AUGGGAAAGCAAAAGCAGAAGGAAUCUCAAGCAGAGGAAGAGGAAGAGGAAAAUCAAGAGGAAGAAACCACCACUGGCUCUCAUGAAGAUGAAGAUCAAAGCUGGAACAUGAUUGAUAAGCUUCAAGAUGUAGGAAUUGGAGCUGCCGAUAUUAAGAAAUUGAAAGAAGCUGGUAUUUACACGGUAGAGUCCAUCAUGAUGAGAACUAAAAAGAAAUUGUGUUCCAUCAAAGGCUUGAGUGAGGCUAAAGUAGACAAGAUUUUGGAAGCAACCUCAAAGAUUAGCUUCUCUGGAUUUGUAUCUGGAAAUGAUUUCAUGGCUCGCCGCAAGAAGGUUAUUCGUAUCACGACAGGCUCCUCCACUCUGGACACUCUAUUAGGUGGAGGAAUUGAAACCAUGUCCAUUACGGAGGUAUUUGGAGAGUUUAGAACGGCACAAGGUGGAGGAUCAGGUAAAGUCGCUGUGAUUGACUCUGAGGGUACUUUCAGACCAGAACGUAUUGGACCCAUCGCUGAACGGUUUGGAAUGAAUGCUGAGGAUGCUCUCUCGAACAUUUUAGUGGCCCGAGCUUACACGAGUGAUCAUCAAAUGCAAUUGUUGCCUCAACUCACUGCCAAAUUUGCUGAAGAUACGUAUCGAGUCCUGAUUGUGGAUUCAGUGACUGCCUUGUUCAGAGUGGAUUAUUGUGGCAGAGGAGAAUUGAGUGAAAGACAACAAAAACUUGGACAGUACUUGUCCAGUUUGAUGAAGUUAGCAGAGGAGUUUAAUGUCGCUGUCUUUAUUACGAAUCAGGUUCAAGCAGAUCCGUCUGGAGCGAGCAUGUUUACUGCAGAUCCAAAGAAACCUGUGGGAGGACAUAUUCUUGGACAUGCCAGUACUACUCGCUUAUAUUUGAGAAAAGGUAGAGCUGAGCAGAGAAUUUGCAAAAUUUAUGAUUCUCCUUCUCUUCCCGAAGCCGAGGCUAUCUAUCAGAUAUCCAACGAAGGUAUUAAGGAUGCAGAAAGUUAA